AUGGCUACAUGGCCGCUGCCCACAGACGAUGACAAGGAAAACCUUCUCCUCUCAUGUCGAUACGAUGAUCUCGACGACGUACAAGGUUUCGUAACAAAAUUCGGCUCAGACGCCCUCUCCGGCGUCCGAGACGACAACGGAAACACUGUGCUACACAUGACAUGCGGGAAUGGACACAUAGACGUGCUGGAUUAUCUUCUUCCUCUUGUCUCCCCUUCCGUCCUGUCUGCACAAAAUAGCGCCGGCUCCACUGCCUUGCACUGGGCAGCGCUGAACCAGCAUCUCGAAGUAGCGCAGAAGCUGGUUCACUUUACUGGGGCAGAUCUGAUUGAUAUAAAAAAUACCGCAGGACGAUCACCCUUGGGGGAAGCUGAAAUGAUUGGAUGGGAUGAGGGCGCAAGGUGGCUUGUGCAGGAGAUGAAACUCGACGAAACAAGCCAACAUGACGUCAAUGAUAACGAACAAGAUAGCUCCAUGGCCAUGGAGGCUGCACAGGAUGUAGAAGUAGAGAUCCAAGAUGCGGAUGGUCAGGUGGCAAAGAUGACGAUAAGCGGUGGCGCAACUACCUGA